AUGACUGGACAACUCAGUAACACCGAGGCGUGGUCCCUACUGGCUUGCUCUGCAGCCAGCCUUGGCGUACUCUCCAAUACAUGGAGCAGUGAUGGCGCGCCGGUGUUUGCAUCGCUUGCCUUGAGCGGUCUGGCAUUCUCGUCAUCAUAUGCUAUCAUAAGAUGGACAGGAGAUGCAUUCAUUCGGGUAGGGAGGAAAGGAAAGGAUAUGUCCAAGAAACAACCCAUUGAACUGCCAGAGAUGAUGGGGCUGGUCAGCGCUCUCGUAUACCUCCUGUGUAUCAUCGCCUUUCUCCCAUUCGCUUUCAAGCACGAUAUCGUAGCAGCGACUUCCGGGGGCGGCAACAAGGAUAUCAUGAUCGAAGCCCAGGAAGUCGAGACAGGAAGAUUCCUGCACCGGUUUCCCCUUGAAAAGGUAAACCAGCUUGCAUCAUACGGAUUUGCAUAUGGCACUCUUGCGACGGUCAUCAUCCUCGGCAUCAUCGAUGACUUCUUCGAUAUCAGAUGGAGGCACAAGUUCUUCAUUCCGGCUUUCGCAUCCCUUCCUAUUCUGGGCCUGUACUUUGUCGACUUUGGUGUCACUCAAGUCGUGGUUCCAAUUCCACUGAGGCCAUACUUGGGAGAGCUCGUCGAUCUAGGCUCAUUGUACUACCUGUACAUGUCAGCCAUCUCCAUCUUCUGCCCUAACAGUAUCAACAUCCUUGCUGGUAUCAACGGUAUCGAGGUUGCUCAGUCGAUCGUCAUUGCAUUGUUGAUCCUCUUGAAUGAUGCAUUCUAUCUGGUUCCCUCGACGCCUACGCUCCACCCAGCAACUGACUCGCACCUUUUCUCGGUAUAUCUCUUGUUGCCGUUCCUUGGAGUGUCGCUUUCUCUUCUCAAACAUAAUUGGUUCCCCGCAAAGGUUUUCGUGGGUGACACAUACUGCUACUUUGCCGGCAUGGUGUUUGCCGUCGUGGGCAUCAUGGGUCACUUCAGCAAGACUCUGAUACUUCUCUUCAUCCCGCAAGUUCUCAACUUCAUCUACUCGGCACCUCAACUCUUCCACAUCGUCCCAUGCCCUCGCCAUAGACUACCUCGAUUCAAUCCCCGUACUGGACUUUUAGAGCCAUCGAAGGCAACCUUCACGGCCGAAAAGCCUUUGAACAAAUGGGUAGCGGAAGUGCUCAAGGUGCUGGAUGUGGUGAAGCUACUGCGAGUCGAGACGGAUGAGAAAGGAACGGUCACAUCUACCACGAACCUGACGAUCCUCAAUUUAUGGCUUGUGUGGAGAGGGCCCAAGAGAGAAGAUCGUCUUGCUGUCGAGAUCUUGGCCAUGCAGACCUUCGUAGGCCUUCUCGGCCUCGCUGUGAGGCAUCGCCUUGCUUUGGUCAUAUUCUCGCAGGACAACUUGUAG